AUGGCUCAUAAAGCGACAGUUAUUGAAGAACACUCAAAAGCAUUAGAUGGAUUAAUCUACGAACUAGAUAUGAUCGAAAAAUGUGGAGCCGAGAUUUUCAGCAAAAUCGAAAAUUCGUUUACAUAUCCAUAUCCCAUGGCUUCCGCAACAAAUGAAUUGAAUGCACUACUUUCAGCUAUUCAACAUUUUGAAAUGCGUUCAAAAUCUGGUGGAAUUACUAGCCUGAGUACAUCAAUAAUGGAUAAAACUGAUCCUCCUCCAACUAAAAGAAAAUUAGCAGUAGAUGAAUUAUACAAAGAAGCAAAGCGUAUCUCUGAUAAUGCUCGAUCAGAAACUCUAGAUUAUACAUUUUAUUAA